CAUGAGUCAACAAUUUUAUUAAACAUAUGUGCCUAAUCCUUUCAUUCCUACGUUUAAUCCAACGAUAAAUUCAUCUAGAAUUGAUUAUCCAUCAACUAAUUCUGCAAAAUAAGUUGAUAUUAAAGAAUUAACAAAUGAGUAGAUUUCAUAAAAUAAUGUCAUCACUUCAUCAUUUAAUUUGAACCCAUAAACAAACAAAUCAAUUGUUAUAAAACGUAAAUUAAUAAAAAAUGAUUAAUAGCAAUUUUAACCAAUUAAGAUGAAUAUCAAAGAAAGAUUAAUGAUUUGAAAAAUAAUCAUAAAAAUGAACUAAAAGAACUUGAAUUAAAAAUGUAAUCAUAAAUAGAUUCUCUCUAAUAAAAAAGAUAUCAAGAUGAUUAAUAAAAAUAGUUAACUGAUGUAAGACAAUAAAUAGCUGAACUUUAAUAAACUCUUUAAGGAAAUAAUUAUAGUAAUCCUUAUUAAUAAUAAUAACAUUAAUUUUAUAAUCAAAAUGAAAUGGAUAGAUUAGAAAAGUAAUUAAAAAAAAAGAAAAAUAAAAUAAAGUUGUUUAAAACUGAAAUUGAUAGUCUAAAGUUAGAACUAUAGAUAAGAUAAUAAAAAAUAACAGAGUUAGAAAUAAAAUUGCAUUAUUCAGAAAAUAAACCAAUAAUUUAAUAAUAAUCUGCAAUACCUAAAGUGAUAGGUGUACCUUAAUAAAUAAUUGCUUAGCCUUCAACAAUAAUAUAAGAGUCUCCAGAAUUAAUUGAUAGAAUUAGGAGUGUUGAAUAUGAAAGAGAUGUAAGUUCUGAAUUUAUUUUAGUGUUUGCUUUAGGAACUAAGAAGAUUGUAAGCAACAAACAUACCUUAAAGAUAAUAGCCUUCAUUUCCUUCAGUAGAAGAAUGGAAUCGACUUAUGCAUGAAUAUAAAGCUUUGGAAAGUGAGAACAAUAAGCUAAACACUAUAAUUUUAUAAAAGGAUGAUUUAAUUAAAUCAUUAGAAUAAAGAAUAAGUGUUGAGCUUACUAAAUAAAGUGCAUUAUAAGCUUAAGGUAAUUAGCCUAGAGCUAUAUCAGUUUUUUAUGAUCCAUAACAAUCAUAAUAGUCGAAAUCUCAAUAAUUAUAUCCUAUUGCUGUUCAAAACACUGAAUAAAAAUCUAAUAUUGAACCAACAUUAUAGAAUCCUAGUGGUCAAUGA